AGCCCCUUAGUCUGGAUGAAUUCGGGUGGGGGAGAGAGAAACCACGAGGGAAAGGACCAAGCAGCUGGAAAUCCUUGAGUCCUGGGCUUCUGCUUUAAAGUUCUACCCUGGGAGGUGGGAUCUCUCGCAUGUUUCUUCUCGGAGGGGUGAAUCUUUGCCCAGUAAAUCUUGGAUGGAGUUUUAUUGUUCCAUCUAUAAUUCUGUUUUUGGGGAGGUAGUUAAACAUAGCAGCUAGGAAAGAUAUAUACAGGGAUCUGAUCUUGGCUGAUCUAUUUUUUUUUUUUAAAAAAGCAGGAUUAGUUACCAUUUGGAUUGGAGGCGCCAAGAAGUCUUCAGAUUAUAAACCUGAGUGGAAAAUUAAAAAAAGAAAGAAAGAAAAUCCCAGAAGAAGGCAGGGCCAAUUGUUUCUGUACUGUUGCCAAGAAAACGUGUAAGACAUAUCCCAAAAAAUCACCAGAGGGAAGGGAGUUCAAUCUCAAGGAGUCUUGAGAAUCCACUUACUUUCAAGAGGUGUUCUAUAAAAGAGAAUUCUCGACAGUUUAUGAAACGAGCAUGGAGAAUGAUGAAUUUCCGUCAGAGGAUGGGAUGGAUUGGUGUGGGACUGUAUCUAAUAGCAAGUGCUGCAGCAUUUUACUAUGUCUUCGAAAUCAAUGAGACUUACAAUCGACUAGCACUGGAACACAUUCAGCAACCACCAGAGAAAUUUAAACAAGAAAUCAGCUGGAUGCAUUCCUUAAAAACACGUCUUCUCUCUGUACCCUUUUGGCUAUGGGCCAUUAUCUUUUUAAUACCUUAUUUGCAAAUGUUCUUAUUUCUUUACUCAUGUACGAGGGCUGAUCCUAAAACAGUGGGCUACUGCAUAAUUCCUAUCUGCUUGGCUGUGGUUUGCAAUCGUCAUCAAACAUUUGCAAAGGCCUCCAAUCAAAUCAGCAGACUGCAGCUUAUUGACACGUAAGGAAAUCAAUGUGGCUUGCCCUCGCUCCUUCCCCCAUGGCUGGUUUUUGAUAAGUUGAAGAUCGGUUGAAUAUCUGAAAAGAACUUGAAAUUCUUUUUCUCAACAUUAACCUCUGGACAGAGCACCCACCAACCUUCUAUUUUUUUUAACGAUGCUUUUUAACUAUGGGAGUAAAAGUUCUUUGAAAACGGGGGGUAACAUUCUUCAUAUUUGCCUUACAAGCAGAAUUUCUACACUCCAUCUGAAGAUUUUAGAGUAAAUAUAUAUUUGAAACCCUAAUUCACUGUGCAUCUUUCAAAACUUCAAGUUUCCUAUAAGCAAAUUGCUGAAAAUUAAAUUUGCCUAUGUUUAUGUGUAAAUUUUGAAAUUAUUAUAAAAGUGGCAUUUGAGACAUUGUCCUUUCUCCUUUGAUGAUGUUGCACUAAAUAAAUUGGGAUUCCUUUUGCACAU